AAUGCUUGAGCUCUUUGAUUGCUAUAAAUACAAACCAUACUGACGUGCUAUAAAAAUGAUUACAAAUCCAUUUCUUUAUAUGAUUUUAUAGCUUGCACUGUGAUGUAAGAAUUACGUAAAUUGUUAAAUUGCAUUAUUCAACUAUAAACCUAUUGAAAUGGUCCGACAUCCGGUUGCUAAGUUGAUGAUAUUUUAACGAGUAAACAAUUAUACCAUGGCUUUGUCUCUUUAUUAAUUAGGUAAUUAUUGUAGUGAGGGAUAAAAACCUGUUUUUAUUCCCACAUACCAACAACUAUCAAACAACAGUUAUAAGGCAAAGAAGUCAAACCUAAGAUGUAGAUAGAUAAUUUAUAUACUCUUUAUUGCACACCAAAAAAGUUGUUACGGUGUCGUAUCGUUAAAAAGCGAUCUCUUCCAACCAACCUUCAGAACAUUACUACUACAGUACUAAAACAUAUUAUAUUGAUUGACCAAUAAUUACGUAGGUAAAGUUUAUUAACUAUGUACUUCAUUAUUAUGAUCAAUCGAAUGAAUUAUGAGAACAAACCAAAACAUUGUAAAACUAACUUUCGGAAGCGUAAUAAUUGCAAUCAGGCUGAGUUGCACCAUUUUAUUUAAACUUUAAAAAUCGUCAAAAAUCUGUCUCAAACUCCUGGUGUGGACAAACUGGUCAUUGUCAUAGUUAAGGUCAUAGGUAAAUUGGUGCAAAUCAACCUUAGUCUUAUAUUUUAUAUUAAGUAAAUCAAGAUAAUUAUCAUGUUAUCAUUUCAAGUUUAAUUUAAAACUAAUAACGUCAAAUAUUUUGAAAUGUUAAAUAUACCCACAAAAUCAUGCAAUAUUUACUAUGUUUUAGUUUAAAUCAAAUCGUGAUUUUGUAAUUAUAUUUAAUUUGUCUUCACCGUAGUAUAUUUUCAUACAGGAAUUCGCGUCAUCGCCCCAGUUUUCGUAAAUACCUGAGUGUGCAUAAGCAUUAGGCCCGGCGUGAACGCAAUGCGCAAGCUGUAUAAAUCGACUGCAGAAAGUGAUAAUAUUUUUUCAAUAAAUUUCGAAUAUUAUGUUACAUAAAAAUAUAUGUUCAUGACACAAAUAUUUUGUAUUGAGCGGGAAUCGAACAUGCAACCUCUGUUAUAGCGUACCGAACUACCGGUACGCCACUACUCCAUAGGAGCAUUGUUUUCUCGGUACGUAACGUUUGCGAUGGGCCUAACCUUAUUGCUGAAUUAUCAAUAUUUUCCCUUUAAAUUUGGGGGCUCGCAGUAUGAGCUUCAUUCUGUAUUUCGAAGUGCUUCAGAAGGAGGAACUAGCUCCAGUGACGUCACAUCUUGAGUAAAUUGUGAGUGUUCAAUAUGUCUGACUCAGAGUUUGAAUCCACAUUCGGUGGGAGUUCCACCUCCAUCAUCGCUAACCCUCGUAAACAUACGAAGAAGAGGAAGACUGCGCCAACUUCAUCAAGAUCAGACUCUGAGUGUGAAACUGUGCAGCCAGCAGCGCUGAAAAAGAAACCUGUAGCUUCUAGACCUCGAGCUCCAACGAAGAGUUCUACGGAUCUGUUCGGGCUACUAUCCGACGAAGACGAAAGUGUCGCCAUCGAAAACUCUCAACGACUAAAAGUCGGUCGUCAGCAGCUGGACAGCAGCCUGACCUCGAAGGUGGCCAACGGUGUCGUGCGGCGAACGGUUCCGCUCGAAGGCGCUUAUUACGUGGAGGUGCGUGUUUACAACACCAGGGACGCGCUCAAGACGCCGCCCGCGGAUCGCUACAAGAAGACGCUGCACACGCUGAAGGUUCAGCUUAACACCGAAACAUCGCAGUGGCGGGAUCUUCAAAAAUUUAUGAAGACCGCGAAGAAAUUGUUUGAAGACCGCGAGCCAAUAUUUUAUAAUAAUAAAAUAAACUUUAAAUCUUAGUUUUAAGUUAGUUAGUUCUAUUCUGAGAAUGAUUUAAAUAAAUAGCAUCUAAUAUAUUUUUUGUUGCAUUUUCCUAUAGGCUUUUAAGUUUAGUCAUAUAUGAACAUCAAGAGUUAGACUCUCGUUAAUUUUCUGUUAAAUCUUAAACCUAAAUCUUCUUUUAGAAUUUAUAAGCCAUAGUUUGUUGUAUAAUUCAUAAAUUCUGUAAUUCCCGUUAACUGUACUACGUUAUUGUUUACUAGUAAAAUACCUAAAGACGUUAUUUCAGCUUAAAGUGUAUUGAUAACAUGCCUUUUUGUACUGCUUGUGGUACCCGCGUGGAAAAUACGCAUUGGAUAGGUCACUUGAGGAGUAAUGCGCACAAAAACAAAUGUGCGGUUCCGGUAGAAGACGGAGUACUUAAGGUAACCUCUGCAUUUAAAGGUCGUAUUGCAUCAUUUAGAAUUCCAGCAAAUGUGGAACACGAGUCAACUUUACCGGAUAUAUUUUUAAACAGUAAACGUGGAAAAUUAUGUAGUCUUAUCGAAAAGUCGUUAAAAAAAUACGUAAGUUUAAAGAUAAAUAUUGAGUAUUUUGCUAAUUUCAUUUUACUAAAAAAUGAUUCCCAAGACGUUAAAUCAUUUGCCACUAAGAAUAUAACAAUACAUCGUAACUUUAACUGGAACCAAAUAUUUGACUCUGUUGUUAAUAACUUGUGUAAAAAAGUUGAAGAAUUUCAGGACCGUGACAGUGGGUGGGCCUUUCUAAAUAACAUUUAUGUAGAGAUUAAUAUCAAUAAAUUCGAUCCUUUAAGUGGUUCAGGUUCUAGUUAUAUGGAUUUGCCAUUAUAUUUAAAAAAGAAAAAAGCAUGCAUCAAUAUCCAAAACAAAGAUAGCUUUUGUUUUUUAUGGAGCGUUGUCGCAGCCCUUUAUCCUGCAAAACGCAACGGAGAUCGUCCAUCGUCCUAUCCUAAUUUUCAAGACGUAUUGAAUAUUGAUGGUCUAAACUUCCCUGUUACUUUCACAGAUAUAAGAACAUUUGAAAAAAAUAAUCAAAAUAUAUCCAUAAAUGUAUAUUCCUUAAAAAGUAAUCGCAUUGUGGGUCCAAUUUACAGAUCUGAGUUUAAAAGAAAAACAAGGAUCAAUUUAUUAUUACUUGAAAAGGGAAACAAAUCGCACUAUGUUUUAAUAAAAAAUUUGUCACGUCUUGUUCGUACUCAAAUAACAAAGCAUCAUGGCACGAUAUACUUUUGUGAUGAUUGUAUGCUGUUUUUUUCGUCUGAAGAGAAACUUAAUAGUCACACUUGUUGCGGUGUGACUACCGUGCUUCCGGAACAUGGUAGUUGUCUUCAUUUUAAAAAUUUUAAUCGGAAACAGGAUGUUCCUUUUGUGGUGUACGCCGACUUUGAAACUCUACUUAAACCAAUAACGACUUGUGAGCCUGAUCCAAAUUGUAGUUUUACGUUAAAUCGUACACAACACAUUCCAGCAGCUUUUGCUUAUCGCAUUGUUUGCUCAUUUGAUAGCAAACUUAAUCGAUUCAUUUCGUACCGCGGUCGCGACUGUGUUCAAAAAUUUCUCAAAUGUCUGUAUAGAGACGUAGAAAAAAUUUAUGAAAUUUUAAACGUUGAAGUGCCAAUGGUGUUUAACGAAAGUGAUGCCAAAAUGCAUGCCAAAGCUGACGUGUGUCAUAUUUGCAAUAGUCUCCUGCUAUUUGACAAAGUAAGAGACCAUUGUCACUUGACAGGCUGCUACCGAGGUGCUGCUCACCAGUACUGCAAUUUACAGUACAGUCUCCCAAAACUAGUUCCUAUUUUUUUUCAUAAUUUAGCAGGCUAUGAUUGUCAUUUAUUCAUUAAGGAAUUGGCUGAUAGUUUGGGUCCUAUUAAAGUAAUACCUAAGAAUAAAGAAAACUAUAUUUCAUUCACAAAAUUUUUAAAAAUGUCUGAUGGGAAAUUUGCUCAAUUAAGAUUUGUAGACUCGUUUAAAUUUC